AUGAGUCUCGGACAAAUAACCAGCUCUGCCUUCAUCACCUGUGACCCCAUCCCGGUCACGGUGCCGACCACGGUGACCACCACCCAAUUCACCACCAUCUACACGACAACGGCACUGGCAGCCAACCCCACCACUACGUGGACUGCCACUUACACUGUCACUGAGGUGUGCCCUGGCGCCCCCUGCCAGCCCCAUGCCAUCCCCCCUUGCUUCGUCCCGACCACCAUCCUCUGCCUGCCUUGCGCCGAGAAGACCAUCCCCAUCAUCUGCCCGGCCCCGACUCUGCUUCCCGGAGUCACCAUCCACGGCAAUGGUGUCACCGCCGAUGCCAUGCCUACUGCUCCUGCUGCUUACGGCGCCUACGGAGCCUACGGAGGUGGUGCCAACCCCAGCGGUGCUGCUCCCGGCUACGGUGUCUAUGGUGGCUACGGCGACUACAAGAACGGACAGCCCGUCCAGUCUGGCGUCCCCGUCGGCCCCGGUCAGCAGCCCGGUCAGCAGCCCACUCAACCCCCGGCCGGCAAGCCCACCGUCGUCACCGCCUCAGCGCCGUCUCUCAAGAAGAGCCUCGGCCUCCUUUGCGGUGUCGCAAUGGCCGCUGGUCUCACUGUUCUUGCUUAA